AUGGUGUUGUUUCAACUCAACAAUCAAAUACUUCAGAGGAUUAAUACCUGUCGAACGUGCGACAAGAUAACUGUGAAAAUUAAUAACGUCGAAAUCAUUCUUAAUAAAUACUUUGCCGUUGCAAUUUCAAAAUUGAUCUAUGCAAAUUAUCUGUUAGAUAAUAAUAUUGCCAUUAUUGACAUUACCACAGAAAUAGAAACACCAGAUACAUACAAUAUAUUGAAAGAUAUCCUUCAAUAUAGGAAAUCAGAAGUUGAAUGCAAUGAAACCGUGUUGAAAGAUCUCUUUCAUAUCGGAUUAAAAUUAGAUAUUAAUGAACUAAUUGAUUUGUAUAAAAAGAGCAUCAGAGAUAAUACAAAAAUCGACAAAAAUAAUUGUAUUGAUUUACUUGAAUUUUAUUUCGAUAUAUCUGCUGAAGACAAUACAUUUAAAUGUGCAGAUUUCAUAUCCUCUCAUUUCUUUGAAAUUGAUGAAGAUAAACUCAGAUCAAUUUCGAAAAAACUCGGACUUGACAUUCUGCAAAGAAUAAUCAUGAGUGAUAAACUCAAAAUCAAAGAUGAAGAUUCACUAGCAAAAUUCGUCAUUUCACUCACAAAAGAAAGUAAAAUAUUUUACCAAUUGAUUGAAAAUAUUCGAUUAGAGUUUUGCAGCAAACAAAUUAUUGAUGAAAUUCGAAAUUUAAGUAAUGAAAGUAACUAUAAUAUCAUCAUUAACUCUUUCCAUGAUUCUUUAUUGAGAAUAAGAACUACUAAAUCUAAUUAUCCUCGUUACAAUAUUCAAGACGACUUUCUACAAAAGAUUUCUGAACUAAAGAAAUCAAAUGAUUUCUCAAAUAUUUAUAAAUUCUUAGAUGAAAUAUCUGAAAAAGAUAAUAAAAUUAUGAUGUCGAUUGCAUUAAAUGGACUUGCAGGGACAGAAAAAUCGCCCGAAUAUUAUAUUAUCCAUGAAGCAGCUCGAGCUGGAAAUCUCAGACUUGUUAAAUGCCUUGGGGAAUAUGGAUUUGAUAUUGAAACAAAGGAUAAAAGAAAUGGAGAUAAUCCACUCAUUAUUGCAUCAUAUACUGGUCAUCUUGAAGUUGUUCAAUAUCUUAUCUCAAUUGGAGCUAAUAAAGAAACAAAGAAUAAUGGUGGAUGGACUCCACUCAUUUGUGCAUCAGAUUAUGGUUAUCUUGAAGUUGUUAAAUAUCUUAUCUCUGUUGGAGCUGAUAAAGAAGCAAAGAAUAAUAAAGGAAAAGCAUGUUACAAUUAUGGAAACCGUGAUAUAAGAAAUUAUCUAUCUUCAAUAUGA